AUGGGCUUUGUGCAGGAUGACUUACUCUCCUUACCAAAGGCAGUCUCGCCCAUUCCACCUCCGAACGACUCGCCACAUAGCACCGGCUACCCAGCAAAAGACAAUGGCGCUGUAAACACGCCAUUCGACACAUCGCCAGCAGCCAGCCUCGCUCACACCCACGAGUCAACCGGAAACCAGAUCCUCACGCCGUCGACGUGGGAUGACAAGGCUGGCCAGUGUAAGCAACGAGCGAUGCACUGCUUCCGGUACCAGCUCGUGCCGUGGAUAGAGUCCAACGCCCCAAAACCCUCAUUCGGUUCCAACAUGAUGACUCUGACGCAGGACAAGGCCGUCAUUAUGGACGCGGCUAUUUAUCUUGCUAGACAUCGUACCAGCCGUGGUGAGACUUCUAUCGAGGAGCUACAAGAGCUGCAUCAUCGGCUUUUGCUAGAAAACACCUUUGUUGCAGAUGUUGGACGAUCAUUACUCGCUCUUGGAGACCUCUUCAAUGAUGGGCCUUCGCAGUGGCCCAAGUUUCGAUUCUAUCAUCCACAACCAGACACUCCGAGUCAAACGUUGGAAGACAUGGAUGAGCCUCUCAAAUCUCUGUUACGAUUCCACCUCAAGAUUGACCUUGCAGCCUCCAUUAUGACAAACAAGCCACCAUCCAUGAAGAUCCCACUCUCUUCAGGCAGAUCCCUCUUCAAUGCCUCUCUAUCCCCCAUAGAGACCUACGAUUCAUGUUUGCUCUGCCUCUUUGAAUGUCUCCGGCUGAUUCACUACGAGCUCAUCCCUCUCUUUACCGGCCAGUCCAACAUGCAAUCAGCCGCUCCCGAGUCCUAUUCUCUCAAGUGGGCCGCAUGGUCUAGGCUGUGGACAAGCUGCAUGCAAUGGUUCCAGGACAGGCCUCCUGGCAUGGAACCGGUGCUGGAAAGUUCUGAUGCUGAUUUAAACGGACACAAGAUGCAAGAGUCUCCUUUUCCGGCCGAUGUCUAUACCAGUGCCCUGUCUCUGCAGGCCAACCUGACCAUGCAUCUAUCCUCCCUCCUCCUUCUCGCCUACAAGCCGCGACUUGUGAAGCUAUCGAGGUUUCCACACCAUCUGAUUUCAAGAAGCUGGCACACACAAAAAAUCGCUAGGCUAGCAGUCUGGAAUAACUUUCCAGAGCAGUGGGAUCCUCUCGUAGUGGCUGCCCUGCUCCGGGCCGCAAGAGAGAUGACCCAUGCCUCGCAGCAGGAAGCGCUGCUUACUUGCUUUCAACGAAUCACGGAUGUGACGAAAUUGCCAUUAGAUGAGGAAAUCUCAAAUCUACGGCUGUAUUGGCGCUCAUCUAGUCACAGCACACCGCCAACCAUGUCCCAUCGAUGA